UGGAAGAGCUAAAUGGUGGUGGCAGUUCAUCAGGUGGUCAGCGGAAGGGCGCUGGAAAGCGGGCCAUUGGACCAUCGGAGAUGGCGGCACCGCCAGAAUCAGGUUCAACUCCAACCACUCCUUGUGGAGCCUGCAAGUUCUUGAGGAGGAAGUGUGUCAAAGGUUGCAUCUUUGCACCCCAUUUUAGCUCGGACCAGGGUGCUGCACUGUUUGCUGCGGUUCACAAGGUGUUCGGAGCCAGCAACGUGUCGAAGCUCCUGAUGCACCUUCCAGUCCACUGGCGAAACCAUGCGGUUGUGACCAUAUCGUAUGAAGCUCAAGCUAGGUUGUCGGACCCUGUUUAUGGUUGCGUCUCAACAGUCGUUGCUUUGAAACAACAGGUAGCAGCUUUGCAAGCAGAGCUAGCAAUGGUGCAGAACCAGCUGAUAAACAACAGAGUUAUGGCGGCAAACGCUCUCCAGGGUUCACUGCAGCAACCACAGGCGGUGCACCACCCCAGAUGGCUGCAGCCGGAGUAUUCAAAUGCUUCCAAUAACAACAUGAUUAAUAUGAGCAGCUUUCAGUCGAGUCAGAAUAAUCUUGCAGGUGAUCAUCAGACUGCUGUUGAUUUGCAGCCGAGCUUCGAUCCUCUUCAAUUUUCUCGACCUUAUGGUGAAAAUGGAGAAGGAAGCGGAGACCUUUUAGCAUUUGCCGAACAAAUGUUUCAUCCUCGAUGAAUCCCGUAGUUCUAAUAAAGAAACUUGCAGCGUUUCCCUCAUGAAUUAGUUGUUGUUCUGCCAUGUCAAUAUGAUCAAAACAAAUAACAUGUAAUGCAACGUUUAUGAAUUUUUGC